AUGAGGUAUCGCGGCAACCGACGGAGAGCGAACCCAUGGUCUCUAGCGGGAAGGAUUAUUGGAAAUGGACGCUCACUGAAGUAUCUACCUUCGAUUGCUCGCGGUUAUGAAAUGGAGCCGGUGGCUAGGGCAAAGUACGCCGAGUAUCAGCGGAUAAAAGGUCAUCAAGAUGUCGAUGUGAAGGAGUAUAUGUUCUUCCAUCCACGGAAGUCUUUCCUGGAGGCGUCACCAGAUGGGCUAGUGAGCUGCAGCUGCUGUGGUGGUGGCCUCGUCGAAAUCAAAUGCCCCAGUACUGCCCCGACUGAAAAGCCGUCGCCCCGCAACGAGAAGUUCCUGAGAAGGGACAACGGAGGGAAGUUUCAUCUGAAGAGGAACCAUCCGUACUAUGACCAGAUCCAGGCCCAACUCGCCGUGACAGGACGGUCCUGGUGCGACUUCUUUGUCUACAAAGACAGCGGGGUGUUCCUCGAGAGGAUCGAACGGGAUCCACAAUGGCAAGGAUCUUUCGUGAUGGACAUGGACAGAUUUUUCUGGAGGUUCAUUGUUCCCGUCCUGGUGAGCCGAGCAUUCAAGAACAACCAGGGAGCGGUUCAUCAACCAUACGGCUGCCCCUACUGCGGGGAACCAAGCCAUCGUGUUCCUUUCUGUUGGUACUGGUUCCCAUUGCGCUGUCGUAAUUGUAAGCAGCUAGGACAUAACGUCACCGUUUUCACGAAGUGUCCCAAGAGCGUUUUAGCGUACAGAAACAAAUUUUGA